UAAAACCUCUAGGAAGAAGAAGAAACACUACCGUAAGCUAGCUAUAACGACGAGUUGCUAACCGAUUUGUGAGACUUUACAAAAGAUAACAGUGCUCUUGAGGAGAGAUAGGGUUACCGCUGCCAGCGGGUCAUGCAGUUUUCUAAAAGGUAAUGAGCCGUAAAGCCUCGGGGUCUCGGCUCAGCGGCGCCCACAAACUACAGCCACACUGGAAUGACUGGCAGCCCAGAGUUGACAGUGUGUCAUCCAGCCAGGACGGACUGAAGUCCAGAGAGCUUGGUUCAGCAGCGUUUUACGACGUGUUGCCCUCCAGCUGCCCUGACCAGCCAGCGGUGUCCAGCGAUGCCUACGCUGCUCCAGAUACACACCAGGAAGAGGGUGGAUAUGCAGCUGGCCAGGGUGUCUGUGAUAAUACGUUUGGUUGGAAGUCGGUGGGGCAAGAGUUGAGGCCCAAUGACGUGACAACGGAUUUGACUCCUUUUCAGCAUGGAAACCGUGCUUUAGCUUCGAAGGACAUGAAGAAAUCGCAGGACAGAGGGAUGGCUCACUCAGAGGAGUCUCGGCUGGCCAACCUCCUACGCCGAGUCUCCAGGGAAGAUGAUCGCGACCGCAGGCUGGCCACCCUCAAACAGCUGAAAGAAUUCAUCAGCCACAGCGAGAGCAAAGUGGCCCUGGUCAAACAGUUGGACACCAUCCUCUGCACCUUGAAUGACAUUUUGAAUGAGAGCAGUAAGCUGCUGUGGGAGUUGCGUCAGGAUGCGGCAGCCUGCCUGGGUCUCCUCUGCACUGUGCUCAGCUACGAGGCUGAGCGCAUCUUCAAGUGGCUCUUUCUGAAGUUCACUUCGAGUGGUCGUGACGAGGUGAAGUUGUUGUACUUGGUGGCAGCACAGCGCUCUUUGGAAGCUGCUGGAGAGCGGAAGGCCUUCUCUCACGUCAUGCAGCUGGUGAUGAGCAACCUACAGUCCAUCCUGGAGAACGUGGACACACCAGAGCUACUUUGUCAAAGUGUAAAGUGUAUUCUUCAGGUGGCUCGCUGCUACCCACAUGUCUUCAGCACCAACUUCAGGGACACAGUGGACAUCUUGGUAGGCUGGCACAUUGACCACACACAGAAGCAGUCACUGACUCAGCAAGUCUCAGGCUGGUUACAGAGUCUGGAGCAGUUCUGGGUGGCAGACCUGACCUUCUCCACCACCCUGCUGGGACAGUUCUUGGAGGAUAUGGAGGCGUAUGCAGAGGAUCUGAACCAUGUGGUGUCAGGCGAGGUGGUAGACGAAGACAUCCCCCCUCCCUCAGUUUCACUGCCCAAGCUGGCAGCUCUGCUGAGGGUUUUCAGUACAGUGGUCCGCAGCAUCGGAGAGCGAUUCAACCCCUUCAGAGGACCACCCAUUACUGAGGUCUAUGUCACUGAUGUACUGAACCGGGUUCUGGCCUGCGUGACCACAGCGAAGCAGGUUCAGUUUUCUGAGGCAGUUCUCACAGCAGGGAAUGAGUGUGUGGGUGUGUUGCUGGCCAGCGUGGAGCCCUGUGGUCAGCUGAUGGAGGCUGUCCUAGCCUAUGGCCUAGACCAGCUGGACUGCUGCCGGGCCUGUGGCUCGGACUACAAUCUGGCAGUGCUCAGCCUUCUUACUCUGAUUGUGGACCAGAUUAACACAAAGCUGCCCGUGUCCUUUGUUGAGAAAUUGUUGGCACCCGACUCCCAGCUGCUGAAUCUGCGCUUCCAUCGAGAGAAAGAGGUGAUGUCAGCUGUUCAUGGUGUGUACCAGGCGCUGCUAAGCCUGAAAAACAUUCCAACACUGGAGGCAGCUUAUAAAUUGGUAUUGGGUGAGAUGGAAUGUGCCCUGUCUAGCCUGACUGUAACCCUGGAACCCACUGGUAGGGCCCUGGCACCCGGCUGCCCUUGCCCCAGCAUCCAGCACCCUGCUUUUGCCUCCCUCACCCUACCCCUGGAGAAGGCUCAGUUCACCCUUAUCUUCAACCUCAGCACCCUCACCACCAUCGGCAACACAAAGAACUCUCUCAUUGGGAUGUGGGCCUUGUCUCCUACGGUCUUCGCUCUGCUCAGUCACAAUCUGAUGCUGGUCCACUCUGAGUUAGCAAUCUACUACCCUGCCAUCCAGUACGCUGUACUCUACACACUGUACUCCCAUUGCACCAGACAUGAUCAUUUCAUCUCAUCCAGCCUCUCAUCAUCUUCUCCCUCCCUGUUCGAUGGCGCUGUCAUCAGCACUGUGACCACAGCAACAAAGAAACAUUUCAGCACACUGCUAAGCCUUCUGGGAGGUCUGCUGGUGAAGGAGCACCUCUACCCCGAGGCCAGGAGGCUGCUGCUGACCUGGGCUCAGGAAAUCUCUGUGCUGAUGAAGAAGUCAGACACCUAUAGCCCUCUCUUCUCUCUGCCUUCCUUCAACAAGUUCUGCAGGGGUCUGCUGGCAAACGGUCUGAAUGAAGAUCAAAGUAUCUCUCUUCAGACCUGCCACAGCUUACAGGUCCUCUCUUCAUCUCUGUCCACUGAGCUGCUGCAGAGGUGUCUGGAUGUGUGCAGAGUCCAGUUGGUCCAUUCAGCAGUGAGGGUGAGGCAGGCCUAUGGCAAGCUGCUCAGGACAAUCCCCCUUGAUGUGGCUUUGAGUAACCAUAGCCACCCUGAGAUGAGGGAGAUCUCACUAGCCAUCCGCCACCACAUGAGCCGAGCACCAAGCAGCACCUUUCACCCCCAGGACUUCAGCGACCUCAUCAGCUUCAUCUUAUAUGGAGUCCUGCACCGUGGAGGAAAGGAUCCCUGGCUGGAACGUCUGUACUACAGCUGCCAGCGACUGGAAAAACGGGAUGGCCGAGGAGGUGUAGAUGGCAGCAGGCCAGGUGUAGUGUCACGGGCACUGUUGAAAACCGAGGUGGUGCUGUGGCAGUGGGCAGUGUGGGAGGCCGCACAGUUCACUGUACUGUCUAAACUCCGAACACCGCUGGGCCGAGCUCAGGACACCUUCCAGACCAUUGAAGGUAUGAUCCGGAGCCUGGCUGCCCACAGUCUGAACCCAGAGCAGGAUGUUGGAGCUUGGGCUGGUGCUGGAGGUGAUGGGGAUGGUCACCACUCCAAUCAGCUCCGUCUCGCUCUGCUUCUUCAGUACCUGGAGAACCUGGAGAAGCUUAUGUACAACGCCUAUGAGGGCUGCGCCAACGCUCUCACUGCCCCACCAAAGGGCAUCAGGACAUUCUUCUACACCAACCGUCAGACGUGCCAAGACUGGUUGACGAGGAUCCGACUAGCACUGAUGAGGGUCGGUCUUCUGUCGGGCCAACCAGCAGUAACCAUUCGCCACGGCUUCGACCUGCUUACAGAGAUUAAGAACAGCAGCAGCCAGGGUCCAGAGCUGGAGGUUCCUCUGACAUUGCUGGUGGAGGCUCUGUGUGAGCUGCGUUGUCCAGAGGCCAUCCAGGGCCUGGCAGCCUGGAGCCUCUUCACCACUGGCAGGAGUCUGGGCUGGCUGUCGUCAGUCGCCCUGCAGGCUGAGGGACGGUUUGAGAAGGCAGCGCUGGAGUAUCAAGAUCAACUGUCUGCAGUUACAGGGAUAGACUGCAGCAUCAAAAGCUCUGAAUGCUGUGUGCUGAAACUCUCCAGCAACACGAGUAGCCCAAAACACACCAGCAACGGUGACAGCAGGAAGACUGUGCUGCUCAAGUCCAGUGAGUGCUCUCCUGAGGUGAUCAACUUUCUGGCCAACAAAGCCUGUCAGUGUUACGUGGCACUCUGUGAUUGGGCCUCUGUUAAGGAGUGGCAGGCCACCUUCCAUACCCUUAAACAGAACUCCAACAAUCCAGUCAGCAUCAACCUGAGGACAGAUUUCAACUACAUCCAGGCUCUGAGCCGCUUUGAGGAGGGAGAUCUUGCCGAAUGUGGGGCUCAGCUGGAGCUGCUGCCCGGAGAGGACUACAGCUCGCUCUCCAGCAGUAAGGACAAGCUGGAUCUGAAGAGGCUUCUACCCUCUAUGAGUCCAGAUCCAGCUGAGCUGCAGAGAGCCAUCGAGGUGCAGCUGCUUCGCAGUGCUGUUAGUUCCAUGACGAAAACCAUUCAACAGCAGGAGCAGAGGAGCACAGCCAAUCCGGAUUCGUUGGUGCGCUGCCUGAAACAGACUGGACGGAUCUGCUUUGGUCCUCUUCGUCUGUCCACACUCACUCUGUCUGAUGCUCUGCCUACCCUGCCUACCCUGCAGCUCCACUGCACUGCCACCCUGGAGAACACACUCACUGGACAAGAAGACUGUGUGAUUCCUCUGUGCAGUGAGGCUCUGAGCUCUUGUAAGCAACAGGAUGUCAAGCCUUUCCUUCAGGCCCUCAGAUACACCAUGUUCCAGAGACAACUCCUUCACAAACUCAAAGGUUACUCUUCCUCCAUAGAUAGUCACCUAAUGGAGCUUUGCCUGACUGCUGUAAAAUUUGCCCGGAAAAAAGGCAACAUUGCCCUGGCGUCCCGCCUGCUCAGUCAGUGCAAUGACAGGACACAGGAAGAUGAGCAGCAGGACGAGCUGAGCCAGGCCUUCAGGCGUCUCACGCUGGAGGGGACUCUGGGGGAGAAAUGGGGACCAGAGCUGCAGAUAGAAAAAGCCAAAGUCCUGAGAACUGCGGGCCAGUCCAUGACAGCCAUGGAGAUGCUGAGCAGGGCUGCUCUGUCCUACUGUCAUGUGGGGAAGAAUGAAGGUGCUGCCUGCCGCUCACUGUUGACACUAUGCAAAUGGCUGUUGGCUGACUGGAAGGACAUGGCACCUCAGCUUAAACAGGUGGUAAAGAAGUCAGGAGCAGUAAACUCAUCCAAUGCUGUGAGCAGCAUGUCACCUCUGAGCCGGAAUAUCUCUGCUCUGCUGGAGCUUCCCCUCGAGGACCAGGGCAUACCCCAUAUCAUCCCUGAGACCUCAGUGAGUGUGGGCGUUGGGGAGCCAGACUUUGUGUUGGGCCUACUCUACCAGCUCUCCACCAGCCUGGCUCCAGAGAUGGCCAAGUCCUGGGCAGCCCUGGCCAGCUGGGCUUACCGCUGGGGCAGGAAGGUGGUAGAUAAUGCCAGCCAAGGGGAGGGAUUGCCUCUUCUUCCUGGGGAGAAGAAGGAGAUAGAGGAGAUGCUGCCAGCAACCACCAGUGAAGAAGACAAGGACUCCAUCUUCAGCAUUCUCGGACAGGCCAUGUGUCGACCUACUGGCAUACAGGAUGAGGACAUGGCUCUACAGCAGGAAGACAAUGAGGAUGACAUGGUAGAUGUGAUCUGGCGGCAGCUCACUGGCUCGUGCCCCUGGCUGGGCGAGGCGGGCCGGCCUGUAACAGAUGGUCUGAUCCAGGUUUGGAGACGGGUGGUGGACCGGAUCUUUGGCCUCUACCGAGUCUCCUGCCAGGCCUAUUUUACCUUCCUCAAGCUCAAUGCUGGACAGGUCCCUAUAGAUGAGGAUGACCCUAAACUCCUGCUGUCCUAUCAAAACAGCAAACAGAGCAAUGACGAUGUGAUCGUCAUGGCAACCCUGCGUCUCCUCCGUCUGCUGGUGAAGCAUGCUGGUGAACUGAGGGAAGGGCUUGAGCUGGGCUUAGCCUCCACACCUACAGCACCCUGGAGGGGUAUCAUCCCCCAACUCUUUUCCCGUCUCAACCAUCCAGAGGCAUACAUCCGACAGAGCAUAUGCAGCCUGCUAUGUCGAGUGGCCCAGGACUCACCACAUCUCAUCCUCUACCCCGCCAUUGUGGGCUCACUCUCCCUGGGAGGGGAGGCUCAGAAUGCUGGGAGUAAAUUGCCAUCAGCUCUGCCCACCUUCUUGGGCAGCAUGCAGGGAGAGGACUUGGGUGGGGAGGAGGAGGAACAGGCAGAGAGCGGUGGGCAAAGAGGAGCUCCAGAAGAGCUGGCAACCUUCUGCUCCAGGCAAGACCAAGCCAUGAUGCAGGACUGUUACAGCAAGAUCGUGGAGAAACUGUCCUUUGCAAACCCUACCAUGGUGCUUCAGGUCCAGCAGCUGGUGGGUGAGCUGCGCAGAGUGACCUUACUGUGGGAUGAACUGUGGCUGGGUGUAUUACAACAGCAACACAUGCAUGUCCUGCGUAGGAUCCAACAGCUGGAGGACGAAGUCAAGCGGGUGCAAAACAACAACACACUGCGCAGGGAUGAAAAGAUUGCCAUUAUGCGUGAGAAGCACUCUGCUCUGAUGCGUCCCGUGGUUUUCGCCCUGGAUCACGUCUGCAGCAUCACAGCAGCUCCAGCAGAGACGCCACAUGAGACAUGGUUCCAACAGACCUACGGUGAUGCUAUCAUAUCUGCCCUGGAGCGACUGAGAAACCCUGCUAACCCUGCCAACCCUGCCAGCAGCUGGCUGUCCUUCAAACAGAUCAUGAUGAGCCUGCAGCAGCGUGCUCAGAAGCGUGCCAGCUAUCUGCUUCAUCUGGAUGAGAUCAGUCCUCGCCUGGUGACUAUGACCACAACAGAGAUGGCCCUGCCAGGGGAGGUGUCUGCAUCAGACGCCAUCACCAUACAGAGCGUAGGCAACACCAUCACUAUCCUGCCCACCAAGACCAAGCCGAAGAAGCUCUUCUUCCUGGGCUCAGAUGGACGCAACUACCCGUACCUUUUUAAAGGUCUGGAGGAUUUGCAUUUGGAUGAGCGGAUCAUGCAGUUCUUGUCAAUUGUCAACACCAUGUUCACCAAGAUCAAUCAGCAGGAGCAGCCACACUUCCACGCCCGCCACUACUCUGUCACCCCCCUCGGAACCCGAUCGGGACUCAUCCAGUGGGUGGACGGAGCCACACCACUCUUUGGCCUCUACAAGCGCUGGCAGCAGAGGGAGGCUGUGUUGCAGGCUCAGAAGGCCCAAGACUCAUUCCAGCAGCAGCCAGUGCCUCCAGUACCCCGCCCCAGUGAGCUCUACUACAGCCGCAUCGGGCCAGCUCUGAAGGCAGUGGGGCUCAGUCUAGAUGUGACACGACGAGACUGGCCUCUCAGCGUCAUGAAGGAGGUGCUGAAAGAGUUAAUGGAGGCUACGCCUUCCAACCUGCUGGCCAAGGAGCUCUGGUGUUCCUGCACCACACCCAGUGAGUGGUGGAGGGUCACUCAGUCCUAUGCCAGAUCCACUGCUGUCAUGUCGAUGGUGGGAUACAUCAUUGGCCUCGGCGACCGUCACCUUGACAAUGUGUUGAUUGACAUGACCACUGGAGAGGUUGUGCACAUUGACUACAAUGUAUGCUUUGAAAAAGGGAAGAGCCUGCGGGUGCCAGAGAAGGUUCCAUUCAGGAUGACCCACAACAUUGAGACUGCUCUGGGAGUCACUGGGGUGGAGGGCAUCUUCAGGCUAUCCUGUGAACAGGUGGUUCAGAUGAUGCGUCGGGGCAGAGAGACCCUACUUACCCUGCUAGAGGCCUUCGUCUAUGAUCCCCUGGUGGACUGGACUGCUGGGGGUGAGGUGGGCUUUGCUGGUGCAGUGUAUGGAGGAGGAGGCCAGCAGGCUGACAGCAAACAGAGCAAGAGGGAGAUGGAGAGAGACAUCACACACUCUCUCUUCUCCUCUAGGGUGGCUGAGAUUAAGGUGAACUGGUUUAAGAAUCGUGACGAGAUGCUGUCAGUGCUGCCACAAGUGGAAGAGGCUGUGGAGGAGUACUUCGUCCUGCAGGAGCUGCUCUGCCAGGGGGAGAAACUACAGGCCAAACUUCAGGAGGAGAUGGCCUUUCUGGAGGGGGCAGAGAACCAUCCAGACCAUCUCAUCCUCUCCUUGGACCAAAGGUACUCUGAACAUACCCAACUGCAGUCGCGGCAGCGGACUGUGCAGGAGGCCAUUCAGAGCAAGCUGGCUGACCUGGACCAGUGGAUCUCCCAGUACCAGGCAGCAUUCUCCAACCUAGAAGCCACCCAGUUGGCCAGCCUGCUGCAGGACAUCAGCAGCCCCAUAGAUCUUGGUCCUCCUAGUUAUGUGCCAGCUACAGCCUUCCUGCAGAAUGCAGGCCAGGCCCACCUGAUCAGCCAGUGCGAGAGUCUGGAGGAGGAGGUGAGCUCCUUACUGCAGCAGCGCCGUGGGGCACUUCGUGGCUGCUUGGAGCAGCUUCACAGCUAUGCUACAGUAGCUUUGCUGUACCCACGGGCUACCCUGCUCCUCCAUCGCUCCCACCAGUGGAAGGCCUGGUUGGAGGAACUGCUGAGAGACAUGACAGUGGAGCACUGCCAGCACAUUUACAGACAAUAUGAGGUGCUGUUUGCCCCCCAGCCUCCUGCAGCCUCCUGCCAGUUCCUGUCCAGUGUGGAGUUGACUUUGCAGCACCAAGUGGCUGACACCAAUGACUGUGUGGUGCACCAAGCAGAACGACUGAAGGCUGAGGGCACAACUGCAGCAGCCUGCGAGGAGCAGCUGCAGGAGAUUGAGCACUGCAUUACAGUCUUCCUUCGGGAGAAUGGAGAGCCGGGCUCCCUCAGCCUGGCAGGAAUCAUCACCUCUGCCCUCUGCACACUCUGCAGGCGGAACCUGGUGAUGGAGGGGGUGGCGGCCAGUGCUGGAGAACAGCUGAUAGACCUGACAUCUCGGGAUGGGGCGUGGUUCCUGGAGGAGCUCUGCAGUAUGACUGGAAAUGUCAGUGCCCUGGCAACACUGUUACAACGCUGCCCACUCCUGCCCCAUGACCUGGAGCUGCCUGCACCCUCAGCUACCACCCAGGCUGUGUACCUGGCCAAUGCUGUGUACACCUGCUUGCAGGAACUGAACACCAACUUCCGUCAGAUCAUCUUUCCAGAGGCUCUGCGCUGUAUGAUAAAAGGAGAGCCCACCCUGGAGUCCAUGUUGGCAGAACUGGAGCAGCUGGUGGAGCAGAGCUCUGAUAGUCUUGGCCUGCAGGGUUUGGCCGACAGUCUUAAGGCCGCCACAGGCCUUGACCACGAUGGGCACAACCACUGCCUCCAUAUCACUAGGAUGCUGCGUGCUCAGUACUCUGAGCUGAUCCAGCCUCGCAGCAUGGAUGGACCGGGCCAGGACACACCAAAAAUGUCUGCAGGUCAAAUGUUGUUGGUGGCCUUUGAUGGCAUGUUCACCCAGCUAGAGACUGCAUUUGGGCAGCUCACAGAGAAGCUUAGUUCUUUGGAGGUGCCAACUGCCUGGAGGAAGGUGGAUGUUCUGAGGGACGCUCGGGCCACACAGCUCAACUUUUUUGACAGCCUGAAUCAGCGGCAGCUAAUGGAAGAAGUAUUCUUCCUCAAGAGACUGCAAACCAUCAGGGAUUUCUUUAGGCUGUGUGCCUCCUUUGCACAGACUCUGUCUGGUACAUGUCCCCAAGCUGAGGACCUGUUACCUUCAAAUGGACCAGUUGGUUUGGGGAAGCCGCUGUACCAGCGGCCCAGUGCAACAGGGUCAGGUGUGACAGUGGUCAGUGAAGAACAAAUGACCCGCCCCAUCAAGGCCUUCACAGCUGAGUUUGUUCGUCAGAUGCUCAUGGGUGUGCCCAGCCAAGCCCUCGGUCUGGCCCUCUGCAGCACCCUGUCUGCCCUCGGCCUGGACGUUGUCACCAUGGUGGAGGCGAAAGACUUUGGUGCAGAGAGCAAGGUGUCUCUGGAUGAGCUUUGUAAGAAGGCAGUGGAGCAGAACCUGACAUCAGGCCAGGUCUCCCAGCUGCUGCUGAACAGAGCCACAGUGCUGGCUUCCUCCUAUGACACGGCCUGGAAGAAAGUGGACCUGCUGAGGAGGUUGGACACCAACCUGGAGGCCAUCAAGGCCAGCCUGCAGAGGAGCCAGCUUCACACUGCCAUGUUUCAGUGGCUGCAUGAGGAUGUUCUGGGCCCCAAUAAUCAGCCUCUAAGUGUGAGCAUUCCUCCUCGCUCCAUCAUCCUCAGCAACAUGAAGAAGAAGCUGUACAAGCUGAGUCAGGACGAGGGAGCCAUAGUCGCCAUUCAGGAGAAGCUGGCGUCGCUGGAGGCUAGCAUCGAGCAGCGUCUGAAGUGGGCUGGUGGAGCCAACCCAGCACUGGCCCCCGUCCUGCAGGAGUUUGAAAUGACCAUCAGGGAGAGACGUGCCAUGGUGGCCAGAGAGAACCAGCGCACCAGCCAGGUCACCUUCUUGUGCUCUACCAUCCUGAAUUUUGAAGGCCUUCGAACCCGAUCCCCCGAGGCCCUCAACAUGGAUGCAGCACUAUUUGAGCUGCUGAAGCGCUGUCAGCAAACCUGUUCCUAUGCUGCCCAGUAUAGCAGCACAGUGUCUCAACUGGAGCUCCAACUACUGCACAGACUGAGUCCAGUGCUGGACCUGCCCAUAGGCAGUCCUGAUUGGCUGAGCUGUGCCCAGAGGCAGCUGGAGGAGGAGCUGAGCAUUGAACGGAGGACUCAAGAGGAGCGGGAGCAGCAGCUGGAGUCGUGUGGAGAGACACUGCAGCUUCUGGUCGACUCCGUUAAAACCAUUCUGUCCAACCACAACCGCCAACUGGCCGACGUCAAGCACCUGCUGAGAGCCAUGGCUAAGGAUGAGGAGGCAGCAUUGGCAGAUGGUGAAGAGGUGGCAUAUGAGGGCAGCGUGCGUCACUUCCUGUUGGAGUACAAAUCAUGGCAGGACAACAUCCAGCUGGUCUUAUUCUCUGUGGUCCAGGCCAGUGGGCAGCCUCGCAACCAUGAGCAGCUUGAACUGCUGGAGGAGAUUUCUGGUACCCUGAAGGAACUGCACUCCCAGAGCCAGAGGUACUCACAUACACGUAUAUUCUCAUAUAUACAUUUCAUUUCCCUGUAUAAAUCCUGUAUUAAUAUUCUGUGUGUGCAUCACUACAGUGUGUAUAAUGGUCUGGUGGGCUUUGCCUCCCCACUGGUGACAGACAGAGACAGUGAAUGUGCCAGUCCUGUUUCUACAGCACAGACGAGCUUUGCUGCAGCUGUUAGAUGCAGUGGGGUGAAGACCCAGCCAGACUCAAUGUCCCAGAAUGCACGCAGGGCUCUGCCACGUAAUCUGGGAACCCCCACUGACACCCCACCCAGCACUCUGCUGAUGAACAGCAAAGGCCUCAACCCCAGCCCCAAGAGGGCCAUACGAGACCCCAAAACAGGACGAGCUGUCCAGGAGAGGAACUCGUACGCGGUCGGUGUGUGGAAGAGAGUGAAAGCCAAGCUGGAGGGCAGAGACAUUGAUCCCAACAGGAGGAUGAGCGUCACAGAGCAGGUGGACUUUGUCAUCAAGGAGGCCACCAACAUGGACAACCUGGCCCAGCUGUAUGAGGGCUGGACUGCCUGGGUGUGAAUGCUAUGCUGCUUCAUGUCUUUGGUCCAACGAAGGCUUGGUGAUCCACCAGAGUCCAGUGGGUCUGGGGUGUCGGAACAGCAGCUCCGGGCCACACUGGGGGGAGGAAAUGGGAAGCGGAUGCUUAGUCCGCCCUCCCAAACUCCUGGGCACCCAAACUGGGGCAGCGUCCUCGUAGCACCGCUGCAACCACACUCCCCCAACCAUCGGCGAUCGGGCUAACACAACGCUUAGUGGGACUGCGGCCCCGCCUUCCUUUCUGGGGUUUGACCAGGCAAAGCAGUGUCGAAUGGGGGAGGGGGGAAGGAGAGCAAAGGCCUCCUCACCCUCAACUUGGAAAGACCUUCCCCCCUCACCUGCAUAGCUCACUAUCAAGUUGUACCCAUAAACAUCAAACAUUGAGCCAAUCAAACUCCACCUGAGGGCAGGAUGAAGCAGUGGAAGUGUUUCCCUUUUGAAGCACACAGCUGACACGCUGUGGGUGGGACUUCACCGGGGCUGCAGCUCAGAUGAAUGGGGCAUUUAUAUGGCUGCACUUGUCUUUCUCUAAUCUUUUCCUCAAUGGUAUUGUUAUUCUGAUACACGAUUGAGCAGGAAUGAUGAGAACGAAGGUUCAACAGGAUUCUUAAGGCUGCAUGGACACCCACCUGAAAUGUAAUUAAAGUGGAAAACAAUAAUCAAACUGUGCUUUGAUAAACCGUAAAGACUUUGACACGUCUCUGAAGUGUUAGAUUUCCCAGAAUAACAGAUUAACUGGAGUUGUUUUCUCAGGAAGGUUCUCUGUGCUUUCGUGGAUAAAACUAAAACGUCCUGUCGUGUGAAAUAGUUUUGGAUGGCUCAUUUGUGAGCUUAGAACGGACAUGUAAAGUCACUAAAUGAGGGAGUCUGAUUCUUUUCUUCAGUGUGCAUCUUUAGUCUGUGUUGUGCUUUGUAACUAUCUUAAGGCCUCCUUUAGAUAGAACUGUAGGAGUAGAUUUCUGCUUUUGUUGACUUGCCUGUCAGAAGCUGUUGCUUGCCUCAUACGUAUUCACUCCCCAGCCCUAAUGCUUGCGUUUUAUUAAUAUUUACCUUCUAGUUUUACAUUUUUAGUGGGAGAAAUUAUGUUUUUGGUGAUGGUGCAAAAUGUUAAUUCUUAAAGCUUUUAUUGGAUUUUGUUGGAUGCCAAAUAAAUAAACAUGGAACUCAGAA